AUGUCUGUCGUAGGUAUUGACUUAGGAAAUCUUAGUUCCAAGAUUGCAAUAGCACGCAACCGAGGAAUUGACGUAAUUUGUAAUGAGGUUUCGAACCGUGCUACUCCAUCUCUGGUAUCUUUUGGUCUUAAACAAAGAUACUUGGGUGAAGCAGCAAAGACCCAAGAAAUUUCGAAUUUUAAAAAUACAGUAGGUUCUUUAAAACGACUUGCCGGUCGCACUUAUCAGGAUAAAGAAAUUCAAGAGAUCGAAAAAGAAUAUAUUAAUGCAGAAUUAGUAGAUGAAAAGGGACAACUUGGUGUUAAGGUUCAAUACCUUGGCGAGCAACGCAUUUUCACUAAUACGCAAUUAAUCGCCAUGUAUUUUACUAAACUUAAAGAUAUCACUUCUGCAGAGCUUAAAAUCCCGAUUUCUGAUGUUGUGAUCUCUGUUCCUGGUUGGUUUACUGAUAUUCAAAGAAGAAGUAUUCUCGACGCGGCAGAGGUUGCCGGUUUAAAUUGUUUACGUUUGAUGAAUGACACUACUGCUGCUGCAUUGGGCUAUGGCAUCACAAAGACGGAUUUACCGGAAGAUAAGGCUCAAGCUCGUAAUGUCGUGUUUGUUGAUAUCGGACACUCAUGUUAUAAUGUAGCAGUUGUGUCUUUUGUUAAAGGACAACUAACCAUCAAGUCUACCGCGUAUGAUCGACAUUUUGGAGGACGUAAUUUUGAUCAAGUGUUGGCUGAUCAUUUCGCUGAAGUAAUCAAGGAAAAAUAUAAAAUUGAUAUUAAAGCGAAUCCCAAGGCACUUUUCCGUCUCCGUACAGCAAUAGAAAAAUUAAAGAAAGUUCUUUCAGCUAAUAAUCAAGCUCCUCUUAAUGUAGAGUCGAUCAUGAAUGAUAUUGAUGUUAGUGCUAUCAUUACUCGACAAGAAUUUGAGGAGUUAUCACAACACCUUCUUGAUCGAAUUGAAGGUCCACUUUCGCAAGCUUUACAAGAAUCCGGACUUAAAUUGGAGGAUAUUCAUUCUAUAGAAGUAGUAGGUGGUUCAACGCGUAUACCCUCUAUAAAAGAGCGUAUAUCAAAAUUUUUCGGCAAGGAAUUAAAUUAUACACUUAAUCAAGAUGAAGCGGUUGCACGUGGCUGUGCACUUCAAUGUGCUAUUUUAUCACCUGUAUUUAAAGUUCGCGAAUUUACAGUUCGGGAUAUUAUUAACUACCCCAUUAAAAUCAAAUGGGAGUCUAUUCCUGAAAUCCCGGAUGAGGGGACUGAGCUUGUUGUGUUCCCUAAGAAUAAUAGCAUUCCUUCAACAAAGAUUUUAACGUUCUAUCGUAAGCAACCAUUUGAUAUUGAAGCUCAUUAUUCGGAACCUGAUAAAAUCCCUGCUGGAAUUAAUCCUUGGAUUGGUAGAUUUUCAAUAAAAGGUGUAACACCAACUGAAGCAGGUGAACUUAGUAUUAUUAAGGUGAAGGCCAGGCUUAAUGUACAUAGCGUUCUAUAUGUAGAAAAUCCACAUUCAAUGGAAACUGAUAAAACUGAAGAAGCGCAACCUAGACCACCAAGUCCGGCGACAAGGAAAGUUAAAAGUCAAGUUAAAAAAGUUGACUUACCACUUGUAUCAGGCACAGGUGGAUUGGACAAAUCAAUAAUUACACAAUUUAAGGAAAUGGAAGGUCAAAUGGUUGCGACUGACAAACUUGUUGCGGAUACUGAAACUCAAAAAAACGCGCUGGAGGAAUAUAUAUACGAUAUUCGAGCUAAAAUAGAGUCAUCAUAUCAAGAGUUUGUCAAUCCAGCCGAUAAGGAUAAAUUAACUAAUCUUUUGACUGCUACGGAAGAUUGGCUUUAUGAUGAGGGAGAAGAUGCGACAAAAUCGAUAUAUUCGGAAAAAUUAGAUGAAUUGAAAAAGUUUGGUAAUCCUAUUGUGGAACGAUAUCGUGAAUCUGAUGAACGACCUAGAGCAGAAAAAUUGUUACGCGAUAGUAUACAACAAUUUGUUUUAUGUGCUACGAGUAAUGAGGAAAGGUAUAAUCAUAUUCCUGAUGAGGAAAAAAAGAGUAUUGUGGAACGAGCUACAAAAAUUUCAGAAUGGUUAAAUGAGAAGCUAACAGCUCAAAAUAAAGUGCCAAAAUACGAGCCACCUGUCGUGUUCAUUCGCGACAUUUUAAAAGAACAAUUUGCUUCUGGAACUCCGGAAAAUCCAUCUGAAGAAACACAAAAGUCAGAAGGAGCCACUACUGAAGAGUUAAAAGAAACAAAUGAGGGCCAGCCCACAAAUGAAAAUGCUUCCAAGAAAGAACAAACCGAGAUGGAUGUCGAUUAA